AUGUCUUAUUCAGUGAGCCAAUGCAAGGAAUUGCGCAAGUACGAGCUCGCUCUCCUGCCUCACCGGUCAGAAUGUGCCUGGGAAUUCAAAAAUUUCUCAUCGAUCCAGCUCGCCUUUAUUAGCAUCGUUUCACUUCAAAACUUUCUGUCUGUCCGACUGCGCCCCCUCAACAGUCUUAGCGGCCUCUUCUUCGUUCAGGGUCAAGGUAAAACUUUAAAUAUCGAGCCUCUUCUUCGAAACUGCCCAUAA